AUGAUUUUUCAACACUUUGUUUUGAUUUUGGGGAAUAACACGAAUGUACAUAAAUAAAAUCGUUUCAUAAAAGGUUUAACUAUUGUUGUUUGAUUUUAAAAUACUCAUUUGGAUAGUAAUCGAUCAUCAUGGCUACAAUGGUGAAGGAGAAACGCAAAGAUAAAAAGAAAUCAAAAGAAAGAGCUAGCACCACAAGAGAACUAUCACCAGUUAACAUAGCUCCUCCAACAUUUGAGGAGUUGGUCUACACUACUGAAAGUUCCUGUGAAGCCGAGUCAUCGCAAAAUGUUACCAUUGAAUCUUUCACCGAAGUUUCAUACACAGAACAAACUGAAACCAAUAAUAUAAGUAUAGAAGUAAUAGAAGAGAAUAGAGAAAAUACAGAAGAAGUUUAUAGUGAACAAAUUAAUGUAGAAAGUAAUUUAAAUCAAGAAUGUUUAGUACAAUCUCAGAAUAUAGAAACUGUUAAAGUUGCAGAACCAAGUCUAUUUACCAAAGAGUCUACAGUAGAAGGUGCUUACAAAGAGUUGCAAAGGAAACUAGAACGCAUGGCUAUACCGACUGAAGUUACCGAAGCAAUAAGUCCAGAAAGACAGUUCGAACUUAUUCAUCCUGAUGCUUAUUUAAGUACCGAGCAACAGUUACCGGAAUCUUCUUCAGAAGUGUUAGAAGAUGUAAUGCCAUCAGCUCCCUGCUUCGAAGAAGUACCGAAAAUGGUGCAACGAGAAGAAGUGUUUAUAGAAACUAAGCCUAAAGUGAAAUGUAUGUCUCUUGAAGAUGCUAUAAAGCUUUGUGGAGGGAAGGAGAUGGAGGAAGUGAGAGCUAUGAGCCAAAGAGAAGAGGAGUUAGUGGAAGCGGGACCGAUGAGUGGACCGGAACAUCCACUUGUUGAUCUGUUGUCCACAUUCAGAUCAUCACUAAUAGCAGUGGAGAGAGAACGAGUAAAGCUUGCUGCCGGGUUUGCAGACGAAGAGAAAAGGAGAGCCACACUUUGGAAGAUAGAGAAACGAUAUGUGAAUCUAUCUGAGAAGUGUCAGUGUGGGCUCAAUGUGGACCUGAGAGCUAGCUAUGAGUACGCUGAGCUGAACAAGGAGAGGCUGCCUAUUGCCAAGAUGAGGCUGGAGGGUCUACUGCGAGAUGUACAGGAUUCUUACUGUCAUCACCAGCAUGCUGCUCUGUUGGCACAUUGUCAGAUCGAGGAGUUAAUCUCAGAGACUAUACAGAGCAACAAGCUGGUGAUACGUGAAGCUCUCUCUCUAGUGCUGCAAGCGCUGCGUCUCAGCGACAACGCGCCUGAAGCGCUCGCCAGCGCUUUACAGCGGUGGGCCGUAGCGCUUUCCGCUGCCUUGGUCGACAACCGAGAUCUGAGACAACUGCUGUUCCUUAUACAUCAUUUGUUUAAACAGUCUCGAUCCGUACAGUGGGCGUCACAAGUGAUAAACGUGCACGUGGACAGUGCCUCCCCCUGGCGGAUACUUGCGAUACUAGAGUUGUUACUCGUCCGCUCCCGGACUGAAUCUGCGCUUGAGUGCAUUGAGGAGUGCGAGGAUGCGUGGGAGGAGGUGGACGAGCACGGCGGCGGGGGCGCCGUGAGUGAGGGCUCGCUGCGGGAGCGGGACCUGCUCGCGCUGCUGCGGACCUUCGCGCUCCGGGACCUCGUCGCCAGGCUCGUGCUGUUCACGCAUACUGAUAUCCGCCAAGCGCGUCCCCAAGAAUGGGGAGACAGUACCGGCGGGCGCGGCGUGGUGCGCGCGUGUGGCGGCGUGCGCGUGUGGCUGCACGUGCUGCGCCGCGCCGCACGCGCACACGCGAAGUACGCGCGGCUACUGGAACAUCUGCGGCACCUCGCUGCACGCACGCUGCACGCGUUGGCCUGCCUGCACCUUACUUCUAGAGCAUUCUACACCCCCGACAUAGAGGAGAAGAUAUCAGCGGAGUUGGAAGCAGCAUUCUGCGCCGGGUUCCACCUGUAUGAUGGACAGGACCUGCAUCACCUACCCGCCACAUUGCUAUCUGAUGAUGCCGCCAAGGAGUACUGUAUAUCUCUCAUUGUGGGGUUGCAUGAUACAACUCCGAAACAACUGGAUCAGCUUGCAAUAGAGUUGCCAGUGUUACCGUGCGACGUGCGCGUGCGCAUCAUAUCGCAGGCCGCCAUCGAUCGCGCGCAGGACCACGAGCUCGCCAGGCUGCUGUUAGAAUUCUUAUUACAGACCGGAUUGAAGCGUAAAUCAAUGUCGUGUAAGAUGCAGUGCGACGCGGCUGCGCGGGAGUGCGUGGGCACGUUACUGGCCACGCACGUGUAUCUACACACCAUGGCUCUGCAUAUACUGGCCGAUCUUAGUGUGGUGGAGUCCCUAGACCCGUCGUGCGUGAAGACGUUAAAGGUGAACAAAUGGCGGCCCAGUACCGGGGAGGCGCGGGCGCUGCUGGACGACUGGUCCCGGCGCUGCCAGGCCUUGCUGCAGCAUCUGUUGCUCGAGAUGGAUUAUACACCUUAUGUCGGAGUCUCUUUAGACGUGCAGCUGAGCAUAGGUGCCUGGUUGUGUGAGUGGGUGCGGGUUCGGUCCCCCGGCAGCAGUGGGGGCGCGCCCCCCGAGUGGUGCUGGAGCGUGCUGCGGCGCCUGCGCCCCCACCGCACGACGUGGCGCCUCGCCCCCGACGCGCCCCCGCCCGACCCUGAACCGACAGACUUGUUCUCCACUGCUUAUGCCCUCAUGUCUUCGUCUUGGGGACAUUGUAUACCUGUCAUAUGUUCGGAGGGAGUGUCGGGGCUGUGUAGACUGGCGGGCAGCCGUCCCCGCGACGCGGUGCAGUGCCUGGCCGGGGCCAUGCUCGUCAUGGCGCAGUCGCCCGAGUCGCUCGCAUACACGCCCAAGUUUGCAGAAGUAAUAUCCCUCCUCCUGAACUCCGGCCCGACCCUGGUGCAGCGUGCACUGGGCCGCGGCGGAGUCACCGGGGCUGAUCUACUACUGCGGCUCAUACUGGCACAGCUUGAGGAUAGCGGCGAGUCCCGCGCGAGUGUACUGAGUGCGUGGCUGCACGUACUGUGGGGGCGGGGCCCGGCCGGCGCAUGCGCACUGGCCGACGCGGCCGCCGCCGCCACUAGGGACUGGCCCGUACUCGACGCGUAUGCUGCUGGAUUGUUGCAGGAGGAAAACGCGAAAGAACACAUAAACCAAGCAGUUCGCAACGCUGGUACAGCGCCGUUACUGUGCGAGUGUAUACUGCGGGCCUACCACGCGCAGUACGCGCGCGUACACGGUGCACUGUGCACCCAGCUACACCUGCAGCGUACUGCCAACGCCAGGAUACACGUCGAUAAUGCUCUGCAGAAACUAGGCACGAAGCUAACAUCAGACGAGCUGGCGAUGUACCGCGCGGCGGCGGCAGCGCUGGCGGCGCCGGCCGCGCACCCCGCGCAUCUCACGCUGUGGCGCCUGUACAUGCAUCUCUAUCUGCAGGGGCCGCCCGACUACGGGUCAGUACCAGCAGUAGGCCCGCUAUUCUUCAGCGGUCUAAUAAAAUCCCGUACACUUGCCCAACUGAAACGAAAACUCCAGGAAACGAUCACCUACCACCACAACGAAGGUGAAGCUCUGAAAAUCGAGCACAAAUCAAUCGAUACUAGCGACACACAAUCGAUAUCUCGAGCGGAAAAAGCGAGUCCGUCCAAAAUGGAAGAUGGUCUGUUACCAGCCUUAUCGAUAGUCGAUUUGACGGGAGAAUCGAGUGAGUCCAGCGAUACUGAGGACGAUAGUCGCAGUGAGAAGGAAUCGAGUCCGAAUAGUGAGGCGGUUGAUGCCAAGAGGAAUGUUUAUAAUCUCAUUGUUUAUCAUGCUGGGGCUGAAAAGAUGUUUAACGAAUACCUGUCAUGGCUGGAGGAAGGCGACAAAGUCCGUGUGCCGCCACACUACGCCGACCUGGCCAGGUUCAUACCGGAACAGGCGUUAGAAGCAGCAUGGAAGCGUGCAGUGGUCCGUCCAGUACCGUGUAUAGAAGUGGACAGCUUCCCCCUCCCCACUGCACCGCCGGCGCAGGACGCCGCCCCUCCACAGACACCCUUCCAUGUAGCUGUCGAUAAUAUACUCAGGAUUAAAGACCAUUCUAGAAGGAGAAGGAAGCGAUCAGUAAUCAAGUCGCCAGUGGAGGACGUGGACUUCAAAGAUGCGCGUACGCUGCUAUCUCUAGUCGACAAACAUUUGAAAGACAUCGAGAGACUUGCGCAGGAGUGGUGUACAGAGGUGGGUCGCGUGUCGUCCCUGGACGGUCGGCUGUGGGAGCUGGUGUCGGCGCUGCGCGUGCGCCGCGCCCUGCCGCCCGUGCGCAAGCAGUGCGCUAACAAGUGCAAGCACAUCACUAUCUAUAUACCGGAGCAAGAGUGGUGCGUAUCAGUGGAUGCGGAGCGCGGCGUGCGCGACAACCGCAGCAGCGCGCGCGCAGCACUACGGCGACUCGCGCGGGCACGACCACACGCUGCGCGGACUGCCGCCGCGCUGCAUACUAUUGCUAGACGUACCCGCAGUAGUGAGGCGGCGGUGCGUGUAGUGGAGCGUGCGUGGCGCUGCGCGGGCGCACCACACUGCGCCGCAUGUACUCCGGCCUCCGCACUACUCCACGCACUCGUCUCACAACUUGCUGAGCGCUGGAUAUGCCACAACGGGCGUAUAUGUGCGGAGCUGCUGGGCUCGUGGGGCAAGCGCUCCAGCAGCUCCCUGCAGCAGUCGCUGUGCGGAGCCCUGCUGGCGCCGCGGCAGCUGCCGGCGGAGGCCUGGCCCCUCGUCUACAUGCAGCUGCUGGGGACACAGCUGCCUUCGCAUACACUGUUCAGUUAUUUGUCUAAGUUCGAAAUGAGUCGCUGGUCGGAAACUGCGGACGCUGCCCAACGUAAAGAGAUGUUGGACGCCUUACUCCGUACAGUCCAGCGCUGGGGUCCCACGCCUGAAGCGGAGCACUGCAUGCUGGUGGAACUGCUGGGGCUGCAUACUGCAGUGUUGCUGGACGCGAGGGAACUUGGCCAGCAUCUCGUCACAUGCGCCGGCGCAGCCGUGGACAACAAGCUGCCGGCCGGACACUGGGUGCAUCUCAUCCGAGCUGUGGAUGCUAAAGCCUCGGCGGUGCCUUUUGAUCAGCUAGGCCACAUACUUCGCGAGCUGGGAGUGGUGUGGUGGGAGGCGCGCACGCGCGUGCAGGCGGGCCCCGCGCUGCAAGCCGUGCAGGCCGUGCAGGCUAUGCACGCCGUGCACGUGGCGCGUCUACUGCACGCACUGCUGCGGGCCUUCGUGCACGCUGCACGGGCACUCAGCUACACGCCCGACAGGGUGGCAUGGUACGCGUGGUCCGGGCUGCAGGAGUCGUGGUGUGCGUGGGUGUCGCCCCAGGCGGGCGCUCCGCCCCUGCUGCCGUCCACCGCCGACCUGGAGGCCUACACGCCCAUGCUCCGGCACUUCCUUGACUGUGUGCACCAGGUCAUGCUGGACUGUCCUGGCACAGAGAUCCACCUCCUGCAGCAAAUAUUCGAGUGGUGCGUGCAGUCGUACAUGUCGGCGCAGGGCCCCGGCUCGGGCGGCGCCCCGGGCCCCGCCUCGGGUCCCGCUUUGCAGGAAGCCCGAGUACAGGCCUCCGCCCUACUCGCUGAGAUGGCCAAGCUGCCCUGGUCGGAGCACCAGUGGUUCUAUGGCAAGUGUUUGCAGCAGGCUUUACAGAUAUCAAAUCACACAGACCGCGAGCUGACGUCCUGGUGUACUAACACGUGGGGCUGCGCACGCGCAGACACGUUGCUGCGCGGCUGUGAACCUGCGCAACUGGCGCCGCAUCUAGCGCAGCUACUGUAUUUCUUCACGGGGACGUUACUGCCACACUCACAACAGAUACUAGAAGAAGCGUGCCAGUUACCAUGGCGGCGCCUGCCGGAGCCGGCGCUGGACGAGGCGUUGGACCGGUUCUACAUGGUGCACCACAACCCCGCCGUGCCGUACCACGACCUGCCGCAGUUCAAGGUGAUCCUGGUAGCCUGUGAGCUAUCGACCCUCCAGCCUGCAUCAUCAGAGCCCCUGUCCUGCCUGAAGCGUGCGCGCGGAGUGUCGCAGUGGGUGCGCGCCGCGUGCGCCCCUGCGCUAACUGCGCAUGUCACUGCGCAAACUGCGCAUCUACUGCGCGUCAUGGAGAUGUUAGCGCCACAUUUAGAAGAGUCGGGAGGAGAGCUGGAGGAGUUGAUGUCUCGCGCCGUCGUCAUCAUGUGUAUAGAGCCUGCAGCGACCUCUGCCUUACCGGUGUGGGUAUCGUGGGUAUCCAGCGCGAGUCCCCGCUUGGUCCGCGCCACAGUAUCGGCGGCGGCGGCGCUGACUGCCUUCGAGUACUUCGCCGUGCUCGCCGACACCGCUGUGCGGGCACUGCUACUCUGUACUGAGCCAGUAGGUUGGGGCGAGGUAUCGUCCCGCUGGCAGUCGUGUCCGUGGCGCGAGGGGGGUCCGCUGUGCGUGCGUGCGCGCCUGCACGCCGCGUACGCAGCCGCACUCACACACACGCACACCCCGCGCGCACUGCACGACCUACUCGCUGCACUACUGGCCGCUGACAUACACUUCGUGGACAACGAACCAAUGAUAGCGGUGUGGAUAUGCUUCGCGUGCCGUAUAGCUGUCUCGCUCCCACAAGAUACUGAUGAAGCACGGGAGAGCUGCGCGUGCGCACGGUCGCUAGUGUCGCGCUGGGCAGAGACACCGCGCCGGUCUAUACUCAGGGUCGUCACUAUGCAUACUGAUACUGAUAAACCUACUGCACUCCAUCGCAUCCUUUGCCGCUACGCUCAAUGCGUGAUGUCCCCCGACGACAACGCACGCCGGAACUAUGAGACCGCCUGCAGUACCACGUUGGGCGCCAACAGUGACGUCAUCACGUGGGCCGCCUCCCCGCAACUCACCAAACUAGUUAGACUCGCCAUCAGACUAUGGCCAAAGUAUGAGAAAUACUUCCAACACGAAAUGAAAUUAGCUCCCGAAGAAAAUAAUGUAAGUGUUUAAAGACUGUCUUUAUAUGUAGUGUAGUUAUUUUAACGAAUUUUAUUAUGAAUAAUGUGCAGUCUAAUUUGCUCUUUAUAGUAGUGAGAAUAAAGUGUUAAAUGCCGUGUCCUUUACGGAGAGAAGUAGUUUGCGCAACUAGCUUGUAAUGUUUUAAAGUAAACUUGGAAGCUUUGAUGAAACAUAUAGAUAAUGCCGCUAUACAAUGUACACCCAAGUUACAUAAAACUGUAUAUAAUUAUAGUAUUAUUUUGCUAAGCCUUGCCAAAAUUUAGAAUAAAAUUAUUUUUUAAUAAAAGUUGCGCAAAACUGUGUAACUUGCGCUAAGUUGCGCAUGUCGUGGUACAAUGCGCAACGCUAAAAAUAAAUACGUACACCUUUAGAAUGUUUUUAAAUAAUACUCUGUAGACGAACCAAUUUUAAAUCGAUAUUAUUAUAGUAAUUUAAGUUUAUUAUUUGUGACUGAAUGUGUAAUAAAAGUGAAAAUGUCUACCGUAUAGAUAGAAAAGUAUAAAGAGAGGAAACGCUUCAUAGCGUAUGACUGAUAAAAAUACUUCUAAAAUUUUAUGAAAUUUUUAAUACUAUCAUUAGAACCUGAGACAUGAUAUUUACCAUGUUUAUUUAUGUCCAUGAGUUUCCGUGAUCAUGGCGCUUGCAACAGUGCUGAAAUAUCGGAAACUCACAUAGUCAUUAACAAAUUACCAUGUCAGUUUAAAAACUUACUUACUAAUUAUGUAUUUAGAAAAGACUUAUUUGUUUUUUUUUUAUAAUCUAGUUAUGAAUAUCCAUUCCUAAAGGUAUUAGCGAAAGACUAAAUACUAGUUCAUUGUAAAUCCUUAUUAUUUUAGUUAUUAAAAUACUGUUUCGAAAAUUCCUUAUUAAUAUGUGUACUAGUCAAAUGUAUGACAAAAUUAUUAAUUAGCUACCAAAUGUUUUUUUUAUAUUCUUAUUAAAAUUAAAGACUGCACGGUUGGCGUAGUGACUGGGCAACCGGCUGCCGCAUACCGUGUAGCGGGUUCGAUUCCCGCACGAAACAACUCUUUGUGUGAUCCACAAACUGUUGUUUCGGGUCAGGGUGUCAUGUGUAUGUGAACUUGUAUGUUUGUAAACGCACCCAUGACACAGGAGAAAUGCCUAGUGUGGGGGUAACGUUUAAAAAAAUUGAAUUAUGAAUUAUUAUUUAACACAAUCCCAAUAACAGAAGAUAGAUCGGUAAAUUGUGUCUAUUCAAAUUUUGUUAGUUUAAUGUAAUAAAACAAUUGUUAAGUGCUGGUAUGUAAUAUAUUAUUAUGCUAUGUAUGUAUUGUAUAAAUAAACAUAUCACACGUACUGGGUGACAGGCUCACCGUUUUAAUAUUAUAGUAUAUUUAAUAAUACUCUUUUUAAAAUUAUUCUCAGCCAACUCUAUAUAAUUAUUAAUUACAAUUCAAUUAAAUGAGAUGUGUACUGUUUUUUUAUGAAACAAAAUGUUACAAUCAAUAAUGCUUCUGAUUGAUGAAUUGGUUGCUCAAAUAAAACAAUGUUAUGUUAGCUUUAAAAUAAAUAUAAUUUUCUAAUUAA